ACGUACUAUGCUGGUUAGAAACGACAAUUUAGCACUUUUAAUUAUUCAAGCUGGAAUGUAAUAUAACUUCCGAAAUCAAUAUUAGAAUCGUUCUUGAGCACAACAGCAACGUUUUUUGGCCCCUUGUUCUGUUAUUGACAAAAAAAUAGAUAUGUUCAAUCGUAUACAGGGUUUAAACAUAACAAAUUAAAAAAAAUCAUAAGGGUGUUCAGUCGCUUUGGGUUAUCGACUACAGAAAAUUGGGAUGCUGAAAAACAGGAGGUACAGAGGCUGUGGCACACUGGGCAGCAGCUGAUCAGAUACCUGACAGCAGCAUGUGACCCAGGACACCCAUUUAUCUUUAUCUUUCAUCUUUAACUCACCUUCAUGUUAAACAGAAAAUGAACUUAGUAAAUGGAAUUAAAGCAUACAGUCAAUAUUAGUGCUUUUCAUCGAUCUUUCAGCACCCAUGGUUUUGGAGCCAGAAAACAGGAGGUGCAGAGGCUGAGGUACACCUUGGGCAGCAACUGAUCAGAUUACUUCAUCAAUUACUGUCUUGUUCAACAUAAGGAUGAUGUGUUGAAUAUUUUAAGGGAUCUGGAUGAAGAAAAGCACUAUUCAGUUUUUGUCAAUUUUGUUACCCUUUUUGAAAAGAACCCGGAGCUAGGCGAUGGAAUUUUAUCAGAUCCUACGAAUGUUCUACCUCUCUGCGAUAGCGCACUGGUCAAAUUGCAGGAUUUUAUCAAAAUGGAAAGUGGGGAAGGUGGAUUGUCGACAAAACAACAUAUACAUGUACGGAUCACAGCUUUGCCUGUCUGCCCGGAGUUGUAUAAAUCAAUGUUUCCCAGCAGCAACGAUGUGGGAUCCUUUUUGAGGAUUUCAGGGACUGUUAUUAGAAGGACAAUGCCUAAGAUGUUGGAGUACAAAAAAAAUUACAUAUGUGCCAAAUGUAAACAUCAAUUCACAGUUUGGGCGGAUUAUGAGAAGCAAUAUAUUUUACAAAACCCAAUAGUUUGUCCAAAUCGUCCUACGGGCUGCAAGAGCACUAACUUGAAAAAUAUUUUAGAUUCUGACUGCUACAAGGACUAUCAGGAAAUAAAACUCCAGGAACAAGUUGGAAAAUUAGACAUGAGUUCAAUUCCAAAGUCGAUGUGGGUAACAGUUGAAGAUAAUCUUGUCGAUUCCUGCAAACCUGGAGAUGAUGUUACCAUUAGUGGCACAGUACGGAGGAGAUGGAAGCCGAUGAUCAACAAUAAUAGAGUGGAAGUUGAUAUCGUCCUCCAGGCAAACCAUUUGGAGGUGUGCAACGAUCGUAGAAAUACCUCGUACCUCACGAAAGAGGUGAAAGACGAGUUUAUAAGUUUUUGGGACAAGUAUAGAGACUCGCCGUUGACUGCCAGGAAUGAAAUUCUGCAAUCUAUAUGCCCUGAGGUGUAUGGCCUUUAUGUAAUAAAACUAGCAAUGGCACUAGUCCUUGCGGGCGGGGUACCACAAAAUCCAAGCUCCGGGGCCAGGGUGCGAGGUGAGUCGCAUCUUCUGCUAGUAGGGGAUCCAGGGACUGCCAAGUCCCAACUAUUGCAGUUUGCCUCCACAGUCUCAUCCAGGUCUGUGUUUACUACAGGCAUCGGCUCAACUUCAGCGGGCCUGACUGUCUCUGCAGUCAUGGCAACAGGAGGGGAGUGGCAAUUGGAAGCUGGAGCUCUAGUACUUGCCGAUGGUGGCGUCUGCUGCAUCGACGAAUUCAGUUCAAUCAAAGAAAGUGAAAGAGCUAGCAUCCAUGAAGCCAUGGAACAACAGACGAUUAGUAUUGCAAAAGCUGGCAUCGUUUGUAAGCUGGAUACAAGAUGUACUGUUUUAGCUGCUACCAACCCAAAAGGGCAGUACGAUCCCCUUCAUCCGAUAACAAUCAACUGUGCUAUCGCCAGUCCGUUGUUGAGCCGUUUUGACCUUGUGUUUGUUCUCUUAGACAGCAAGAAUCACACUUGGGACCACAUGAUAUCCACAUACAUACUCGAAGGAAAAACUUUAAACAAGUGUAAACCGGGGAACCAAUGGACUAUUGAAAAAUUAAAAGCUUACUACUGCAUCGUAAAAAGUAUCACACCCCAAUUAAGCCAAAACGCGGUGACCGUUUUACAAGAAUACUAUAAACUACAAAGAAAGAGUGAGGCGUUAAAUGCAUCGCGUACAACUGUUCGGCUCUUAGAGAGUUUAAUAAGGCUCUCCCAAGCACAUGCGAGGUUUAUGUUUAGAAAUGAAGUUUUAGUGCAGGACGCAGUUGUCAGCGUUUCCUUGAUGGAGGCUAGCUCUCAGGGUUCAUCAAAACUUCAAGGAUUUAAUGUGCUUCAGACAAGUUUCCCUCAGGAUCCACAGGAAGAAUAUUUGGAGCAAGCGAGACAGGUCCUGGGAAGUCUAGGUUUAGAUGAAAUUUUGCAGCAAGAAUUGAAUAGCACAAAUAAGACUUUUCUUAAGCAAAUCUCAUCACAGCAGUUUAAUAAUUCUGUCAGUUCAGUGUCAGAGCACAAUAGUAAUAUUAGUUCGAAAGAUCUUUUUGCUUCUGAAUUAGACAAAGAAGAGAAAAACAGCAAGAAUUUUCAUAAAUUAAUUUCACAUAGUAAUAAUAAAGUUAAAUUAAAAAGGCACGCACAUAAAAUACAUAAAAACAAAGUUACCGAUUGUUCCACUAACUCUUCUGGUGAAUUACAUUUUUCUGAAAUGCCACCCUGUAAAGACAAACCCGAAAAGGCACGAAAUGAACACUUGUCUCCAGCAAAUCAAAAUAGUGAUGAGCAUAAUGUGAAUCGAUCACUAAGUUCUUCAGUUAAAACUAAAAUCGCCCAAAAGCUUACUGAAAAAACGGCCAACAAAUUAAAACAAUUUCAACAUAAAUCGUCGAACGGCCGAGACAAGUCGAAUAACCCGGGCCAAUGCAGUGUUGUGGAUAGAUCGGUCAUUACAUGUCCUAGUACACCUACUGACACAAUUCAGGUAAAUAAAACAAAACAUUUCAUGUUUCAAGUUUCAGAAAGCAGUAGUGAAGAGGAAAUUGAUUUUUGACACUUUUAAAUUUGUUUGCAUGUAAAUAGAGUAAUUUAUUGUUUGUAAAUAUCUGCAACGGGAAGAAAUGUUUAGAUAUAAGUAUGUAUACUGUAAUAAAUUA